AUGAAGGCUGCAGAUUCUUCAAAGUGUAUUUUCGACUACCUCAAAACUUUGGAUGCCAAUGAUUUGGAUGAGCUGUAUGGUCACCCACCAACGUGCCUUAUUGUUUUUAGAGAACUUCGAGAACUGUCAAAGCACCUGAUUCUGAGACUUUUGUUUCUUGAACAAACCAUACCGAAAUCAAUCGUUUCUGGAUGGGUUUCAAAGGGUUCUCAAGAACUUUUAAACCAAGCCUGCACCGACUUGUCAGACUUGCGUGUUUGGCAUAGUAUUGACAGCAAUAGCGCCCGUGGAUCCUGGAGACUAAAUAAAAAAUUUCAAGAAUCAAUGAAAGUUUCCCUAUUUGGCGGUGGAAAUCAACUUUUGAGCGACUUUGGGUCAACAACAGCUGAGAAGCAUCCAAAGGAUGCAGAUUUCUUGGAGAAUUACGCCUCUGAGAGGUGGGAUUCAAUUUUACACUUCAUGGUUGGAUCAGACAACGCCGAAGUUGGUACUUGCGUUCGAGAUGUUCUUUUGCUUUCGGGUCUGAUGAAAAGAGGUGGCCCCGACUUUUCCAUGGGUAUUACGCAGAGAGGAUUUCAGUUUCUCCUUAUGGAUCGGUCAUCGCAAGUUCUUCGGUUUAUGUUGCACUAUUUUGACUACCUUAAGGAAAGUCGAAUGAAUCUAAUCGAAUCACUUCAAUUUGUUUUCCAGUUAAGUUUUCUUUCCAUCGGCAAAAGUUAUCCCAUCAGUAUGUUAUCGACGGCAAAGCAGGAGAUUUUGCAACACAUGCGGGAGCUCGGUUUAGCUUACCAACGCAAGAGAACCGCCCCUCGAUUUUAUGUGACUCGUUUAGCUCUUAGUCUCGCUUUUGGUACCUCAACAAUCUCAAGCUCAGUGCGCAGUUCUCUUGAUGGGGAACACAGUCUUUUAUUCUCAACUAAUCCUCUACCAACCGGAGUUAGUCAGCGGGCAGUUAAGGCUGGUGGGACCGAAUCUGGAGGCGCUGCAGAUGUUGGAUUUAUUCUCGUCGAAACAAACUUCAGGCUUUAUGCCUAUACUGAUUCACCGUUGCGGACCGCUUUGUUAAGCUUGUUCAGUAAAAUCCGCGUGAGAUACCCAAACAUGGUCGUUGCGGACAUAACUCGAGAUUCUGUUCGUGAGGCUCUUCUCAGGGGUAUCAGUGCUGACCAGAUCAUAUCUUUCCUCAUGUCAAACGCGCACCCUGAUAUGCUUAGACAGCCGGAAAUUCUUCCGCCAACACUGGUCGAUCAAAUCCGUCUUUGGGAGCUCGAACGAGAACGGCUCUUCUUCCAAGAAGGCUGCCUCUACGAGCAGUUUGCAAAAAACACAGACUUUGAGAUGAUACGCGAUUAUGCUAAGGGUCAUGGAUAUUUGCUAUGGGAGUGCCCGGAACGCCGACUAAUGGUAGUCUCCAAAGCUGGCCACGACGAUGUUCGCGCAUUCUGGAAGCAGAAACGACCCAUGUAG